AUGAUAACUUUGCUGUUUACAACGAGUGCAGCAGGGCUUCUCGCCCUUCUGAUCUUUCAAAGGAUAUUUUACCCUUACUUUUGGGAUGACUUGAUUUAUUACUUAAAGCUUAAAAGAGUCGGAAAGACGAUGAUGGCGAGGAUGAAAAGUGGGGUCACCACCUACCUCGACUGCUUUGUUCACCAGGCUAAGAGAACUCCUGAGAAGCCGUUCGUUUUAUUUGAGGAUCAAGUUCUUUCUUACCAAGAUGUGGAUAUAAGGAGCAACAAAUUUGCUAAUGUUUUCAGAGCUGAGGGAAGUUUGAAAGAGGGAGACAUUGUUGCACUCAUGAUGAGCAAUGAACCUGAUUUCAUUUGUGUUUGGUUUGGACUGUGCAAACUAGGCUGUGAAGUCGCGUUUCUCAACUUUAACAUAAAGUCCAAGUCGCUGCUGCAUUGUUUACAAAGUUGUGGAGCUAAAACGCUCGUCGUAGGCUCAGAACAAGUCAAAUCUUUGGAUGAGGUGCUGCAAACUCUCGCGAAUGAUGGAAUUGACAUGUGGGUGAUGGAUGUAGGCUCCCCAUAUCAAGAGAUUAGAUCACUCCUCGACAAGGUGGAGCUUGUCUCAGGGGAAACGUUGCCUAUAGCUCCUCAGACUAACCUCAUGUCCAACUUCCUGUUUAUCUUCACGUCAGGCACUACAGGACUACCCAAGGCAGCUCGCAUCAGUCAUAUCAAAGCUGUAAUGUGUAUGGCCUACUUACGCAUGUGUGGAGCCACUGCCAGCGACAACAUCUACAUCACAUUACCUCUCUAUCACAUGUCGGCCUCACUUCUGGGCAUUGGUGGAUGCAUUGAACUGGGGGCCACUUGUGUUUUGAGAAGGAAAUUCUCUGCAAGCCAGUUCUGGAGAGACUGCAAGAAGUACAACGUAACAGUGUUCCAGUAUAUAGGGGAACUCUGCCGAUACCUAAUCAACCAACCUAAGACUGCAGAGGAGACAGAUCACAAAGUGCGCAUUGCUGCAGGGAGUGGCCUAAGGGCAGAUGUCUGGAAGGAGUUUGCCCAGCGCUUUGGGAAAAUAAGGAUUUGUGAAUCCUAUGGGUUAACUGAGACCAGCAUUGGCUUUGUAAAUUACACCAACGAAAUUGGACCUGUUGGCAGAGCCAGCUAUUUCAACAAGCUUAGCUUACCCUUUGAAUUGUUGAAAUGUGAUCCACAAACCUAUGAGCCAGUCCGAACAGAGACUGGACAAUGUGUGAAGGUGAAAAAAGGGGAGACUGGCCUAUUGGUGGCCCCAGUGUCAUUCACCAACCCAUUCCUGGGUUAUGCAGGAAAUAAAGAGAUGUCAGAGAAGAAGUUGCUGCGAAAUGUUUUCAAGGAUGGUGAUGUGUAUUUCAACACUGGAGACCUGAUGCUCCAGGACCACCGUGACUUUGUCUAUUUUAGAGACAGGGUUGGAGACACCUUCAGGUGGAAAGGAGAGAAUGUGUCCACCACGGAAGUAUCUGAGAUAUUAGGAAGUCUGGAUUUCUUGCAGGAAGUGAAUGUCUAUGGUGUAGCUGUGCCAGGAUAUGAAGGAAGAGCAGGAAUGGCAGCAGUCGUGUUGAAGUCUGACCAUGACUUAGAUGGAGGGAGGUUUUACAACCAUGUAGUAAAGAAUCUUCCUUCAUACGCCUGGCCAUUGUUUUUAAGAGUGCAGACACACUUAGAUAUUACUGAGACCUUCAAACAGCAGAAAGGAACUCUGGUGCAGCAAGGCUUCUGCCCCAAAACCAUCCAGGAGCCGCUCUACUUCCUUGACACAUCUCAGAAGAACUACAUUUCCCUCUCUCAGUCUGUAUAUGAUGACAUUGCCUCUGGCAAGAUAAGACUUUAAGUACAUUAUGAGAAACUUUCCAAGAAUGCAUUUCUGGGCACAGAAUCAGAUCAGUGCCAGACAACUCCAGUCAUACUGGUUGUUUACAGAAUAUCAUUGUACACUC